GCGCGACCACAAUCAUGGUGGUGUCCGACGCCGACCACCAUGAAAAGGUGCAUGCGUACGACGUGCGUGAUGGAAGGCUGCAUGUCAAGAAUAUCACAGUCGCAUCACUCAUAGAGAUUCACGUGGCAAACCCAUGCCAGUUGAAGUGCCUGAAUGUAUCGGACAACGUUGUGCGCAGCUUGCAAGCGGUCCAGGGAUAUCCUUUCCUUCAGCACUUGAUGUUGGGUCGGAAUUGGAUUGUCGACAUGGGUCCAGUUCGCCAGUUCGUGCAUCUCGUCCAGCUCGAUCUGUCAAACAACAAUAUUCGUCGUGUUGAUGGCAUCGAAACCUUGUCUCGCUUGCAGGUGUUGAAUCUUAGCCACAACGACUUGCGCAACUUUUUAUCCAUCCGUGCCUUGUCCGUCAACCAGUCGAUCCGUAUUCUCCAACUGCACAACAACGUCGUGGCGACUCUCACCGGCUACCGUGCUCGUGUGUCGUCGUUGCUGCCCCAAGCGAUCAUGCUUGACGACAUUCGGCUUCCCCGCUCGGCCAUGCUGAAACAAAUGCCAAGUCAUGCGUGCCAGAUGUGCGGUCAAAGUGGCCUGCCGCCUUACGUGGCACCGAUCCAUCGGCGACCACUGUCCAAGAACGAACAGCAGCUGUGUGAUUCACUAAGGAGCAAGCCCCGCACCACCACGAAAGGUGGCGCGAAUCCAGAUCACAAAGGCGCACGGGCGUCCGAGAUUCCUGGCAAAGACAGUGCGGACAACGGAAUUCGACAAGUCAAUCAACAGCGUGGCGAACGUCAGAGGCACGGCAAAGCGAUCGCGCGAUCUCGACACAUGAGUUUGAUUGAGCGAAAGCUCAUGCAGUUAAUCACGACGAAAGAUGACAGGAAGCACGCAGUCCCUCUGUCCGUGGCGGCUGACGCGACCAAAGUCCAGCUCGAUCGGAAACGAAGCAACCGGUUCGACGUGGACGCGCUCACGUCCAUCGAAGAUGCCAACGACAGCAAGGAACCGACUCCAACAGCGCGGGUCGGCUAUAUGCACUCGCUCGACGACUUGUUCACCAACGACAUGGCGUACCACGAAGAAAAGAUCCGUCUAGCUCAAAGCAAUCUACACGAUGCAAGCGCGACAGACCGCGUUCAGCCUUCGUACGCUUUCGACGAAGCAUGGACCAGCUGUGCAGCGCUCAAGAAGCUCUUUGACACGACGCUGCCGAUGUAUGACGACCAAGUUAUCGCGUUGGCGCAAGCAGCAGCAGAAAACCUGCCUUUUCAAAAUGUGCACCUCGGAACUGUGCUGCGGGAGAUUGCCGACGUACUGAGCACACACCAGCCAAGGCGAUCCCAAGGGCGGCAUCUAGACGAUGAGAGUGCCGACAUGAAGCAUAUUCGCCACUUCCUCAGUCACAACAAAUGAAUGGCUUCAUCAAUCGGGGUCCCUCUCCGUUGAACACCUUCGAUAGCAUUGCGCAACAUACUCUCAAGCUGCAAUUGUUCCCACAACUGGAUGACCUGCUUGCAUGAACCACCCCUCUGUCACGAGAAACGCGAGUUCCUCGAGAAUUGUUGCUUCUCCAUAUUUCCAAUAUUUUCACAUUUUUUCAUAUAAUUUUGACAAU